AUGAAUCACACAGGUUGUCAACGAAUCAGCUUUGAUUUCUCGGGCCGAUUUCUUCCUCCUGUUUACAUCUUAGUCUUCAUCAUUGGACUGGCAGCUAAUGGAUGGGGACUGAAGUCUUUGCUGCACAACUGGAAGAAACUGGGUAACGUCAACGUGUUUGUUCUCAACCUCGGGUUUGCUGACAUUUUGUAUCUGCUCACACUCCCAUUUUUGGUGGUGUACUACCUCAUGAAGAGUAAAUGGAUCUUUGGAGAAGUUUUCUGCAAGAUUACAAGAUUCUGCUUCAACCUUAAUUUGUAUGGCAGCAUUUGGUUCCUCACUUGUAUCAGCGUGUACAGGUAUCUGGCCAUUGUCCACCCAAUGAAAGUGAUGGGGAGGAUAACUGUGACUCACUCUGUGACUAUCUCUGCUCUGGUUUGGAUGACUGUGGGUGUUCUCAGUCUCCCGGACAUGUUUUACCCCAAACACAAUGGAAACAACACUCUUAAAUGCUACGAUACCACCAGCAAUAUCUUUGUCGAGGAUUACCAGAGAUACACUCUUGGAUGGACACUUGUCGGGUUUUGUAUCCCACUCCUCAUCACACUGGGCUGCUACGGACACGUGAUUUUUGUUCUCUGUCGCAUAAAUACCAUUGACAGAGUACUAAAACAGAGGAGUUUGGCAUUCCUGUUCAUCUUGAUUCUUCUCUUCUCCGUUUGUUACAUCCCCUAUCAUGUUUUGAAGAACCUAAACCUUUUGGCGAGAGUUCUGACCAAACAUAGGGCCUGUCGUGAGUGGUUCAAUGGAGUCUACAUCGCUCGUCAGAUAAGUCGUAGCCUGGUUUGUCUGAACAGUGCUCUCAAUCCUCUGGUUUACCUCCACGGACAUGAAGAUAUCAAAGCUCACUUCAGACAACUUCUCCUGCGAGUUCGACGGAUGUUUGGCGGUUUGUCUUCAUCGAACGUGGACAGUUUGCAACUCGCGACACAAAUCACACAUGACAUUUGA